GUCGGCCAUGUGCUUGAUGUCAAAAAAUUGGCUAAUACUUUCACACAACGAAAAUAAGUUGACUAGUUGUAGUUCGACCAUUUGAUAAGCUCUGAAUAUUCGCCAGGGAUUGCGUCAGGCAGGCAGCAAAUAAAUCAACGAACUCUCAAAGAAAAACCGAAAAAAGGGCAAGAUGGAUGUCCCUGCGCCCCCAACGACAAUUGAGCAGAGAAUGCUGAUCCAGAAGCAGCGUGAAGUGAGGGACGAAUCGCGAAGUUUUCGAAAAUCUGUUGCCGAGCAAAUACGCCAAUUCGCCAAGGAUGAUCGGGCGUUCAUCGAGUUUGAGGCCGCGGAUUAUGUUCACCGCAUGAUCAUUUAUGAUAUUGCGGUCAACGCUGGCCUCGUAUCGCUCAUUUUUGAUUGCCAAUCGGUGGUAUACAAGCGUGAGCAUUACCCCAGCGAGGAUGAGAUAAAGGCGCGAAAGAACGGCGAGGGCUGGAGCGAGGAGAAAGCCAAACAAUACGCCGAAAAAAGAAAAGCGCAAUUGGCCCAAAAGCAGUGCGAUAAAGCGGCUACCCGAGCAGUGCCGUGCUGCCCCACAAGCCCAGACAAUACAAGGGGCAAGGCAAAGCCUGCGACUGUCUACAUGCCAAAGGCAGUCCGAUCUGAUGGGGAUAUCAAUGGCCCGCCAGACGGCAAGCAAAACUAAGAGAAAAGCCAGACAAACUCUUUUGAUUCUAUCAUAAGAUAAAUAAAAAUAAAUCAACAGA